AUGGCUCUGGUACUUGCUUGCGGCAUCCAUCGAAUAACGGCACAACCCUCCGACUUCACGGGGUAUCUCAACGACUUUGACAACGACCUGGCGUUCGAGUGUGGUGGGGACACCAUUUUGACAGGCGUCUACUCCGUGUACAGCAACAGUAAUCACGACCGACAAUGGGCCUUCCACUGCGAAGCUGCAAGCUUGUCCUUCAAGCACACAGCAGAGGCUUCUCUCAACAACUACAAGCAAGCCUUCUCAUACACAUGCCCAGUUGACUCCUUUGUGACGGGACUUGCAAGCGUCCACAGCAACACAAACGAGGUGCCUUUUGACUGGAAGGAUCGAGUCUGGUCCAUUUCCUGCGGAAAGCUCAACUCUGGCAUCACGUACCAAAGUAGCUGCAGCUGGACGUCAUACAUCAAUAGUCUGAAAGGCACGCUCAACUAUGACCCCGGCAUCCGCAAGGCCAUUCGCGGCAUCUCCUCCGCAUACGACAGCAGCUCCACUGACCGCAGGUUUGCGUUCUUUGUGUGCGACGUCGAGUGCCAAGGCAACUCCGAGUACUCAUUCGGGCGCGUGUGCCGCUGCUCGACAAACUACUAUUGGGACGGCGGGCAAUGCGUUGCAGCGCCUCAAGGCCCACAAGGAAAUAGAGGAGCAAAGGGCCCAACGGGGGAUGCGGGUGCACAGGGGCCACAGGGGCCACAAGGGCUGCCUGGAGUGAACGGCGAUGACGGUGCACCGGGACCGCAGGGCGACAAAGGCGACGUGGGCGAGCAAGGCGCACCUGGUGCAAAGGGGGAGGUGGGCGCACCAGGGCCGCAGGGGCCACAGGGAGAACAGGGACCACAGGGGCAACAGGGGGUUGCAGGCGACCCAGGGCCGCAGGGCCCCAAGGGCGAUCAAGGCGUACAGGGUGACCAGGGCCCCGCUGGUGCACCCGGACCCCAGGGGCCUCAGGGGAUCAAGGGUGAGCAGGGGGAUCAAGGGCCACAGGGAGAACAGGGGCCACAGGGCGCCCAGGGUGACCAAGGCGAUGCCGGACCACAGGGGCCGCAGGGUGAACAAGGCGAUCCUGGUCCUCAAGGGCCGCAGGGGCCGCAGGGGCCUCAAGGCCCACAGGGCGAACAGGGGCCACAGGGCGACCCAGGACCACAGGGAAUUCGAGGUCCUGUGGGCGAUCCUGGGCCGCAAGGCGUGCAAGGGGCACAGGGCAUCAAGGGCGAAACCGGCAACAAAGGAGCACAGGGCGAUGUUGGUCCCGUGGGCCCCAAAGGCGACGAUGUGGAGCUGUUUGUCAUCCAGUCGCUGGAAACACUGCUGACAGACGCACAAGCGGAACUAGCUGCCGCUGAAUCGGCGCUCGAUGCCGCCGUGCAGACGGGCAGCAACCGCAUACGCCAGCAGCGCCUGGUGCUGUCGAUGGAACUGGACGUGGAGACCUCAUUGGCUCUCGACGCAGAGUCCAAACUCAGUUCGCAGGCGAGCACGCAGCAGCGCCGUGCACGCAACCGGGUGACUGUUGCGCAGUCGCGUGAGGCUUCGCUGGAACAGGUUAUCGACACAAUCUCCUCAACAGCGACGCAGAGGCGCGCCGCCCUCGCAUCGCUCCUGUCGCAGGAGACGGCACGAGAAGCGUCCGCCGUCAGCGUGCUGGAAGCCUCCAUGCAGUCGGAGACGUCACGCGCAGUGGCAGCUGAGGCAGGCCUUCGUUCAUCGUCGUCGUCGCUCGCAGAUGCCAUUCGCUCCCACGCAAGCGCAGCCAACGCCAGUCAAGCAGCCAUUGGGGUGCAGCUGAGCAGCGAAGCGGCAAGGGCACACGCCACGCGCGCGAACUUGCUUGCAAGCAUGCUCUCAGAGGAAGAUCGUGCAGCACAAGCUGCAGCGAGCAUUGGCAGUGAGCUGAGUGCUGCUGUGUCGACCGGCCGCCGCGCGCAUGCGUCGAUUGCCUCUGUCAUUGCCCAGCUGUCCCAGAAGCAGGCGGUGCUUGUCUCCAACACAACGCGUGAGGAGGACGAGCUCGCGGAAACAAUCAGCACGGAAGCAGCAAGACAGCAGGUGGCUGCAGCCAGCCUGUUGCAGGCAGUCGGUGCUGAGCAUUCCCGCGCCAUCGAUGUGCACAGCGGGCUGUCACAGGCGAUUACCAGUGAAGCAACACGAGCUGCGGACGCACGCAGCGACCUAAGCACCUCCCUGUCUGGACUGGAGACGAGCACGCUCGCCCAUCACGCCAGCCUUGCAGCCAGCAUGUCACAGCAGGAGCAGCGGGUCACCAGCACCUCCUCGUCGCUUCUGUCGCACCUGUCACAGAACACCGCCACCGCCAUGGCAGCGGAGGGCAGCCUGGCCUCUGCCAUAUCUGCAGAGGCGCAGAGGGACGCAGCACAGGCGCACCAGAUGCAGCAAACCAUCUCCGACAUCCAACAAGGCAAGGUCGUGGCAAACUUUGGGCUUGUCACGUCCCUGUCCUCUGCAGAAUCUGCUGCCAUUGAGCGUGAGAAAAGUGUCAGCCGUGCCAUUGCCGCGGACAGACUUGCAGCCUUGUCGUCGGAGCAGUCGCUGGAGGCACGCGUGAGCGGUGUUGGCGCUUCAAACCGUGCGGCGGAGGCUGUCCUGUCGUCCCUUGUCAGGAAGGAGCAGAGCAGAGCACACGAGAAGGUCACGGUGCUGUCAACGUCCGUGGCCACGCAGCAGCAGCAGGCAGCGGCAGCUGAAACUUCUCUGCAAACGCGAAUUGCCAGCGAGCAGUCACGCAGCGCCAACGCACGCGCAGACGUGAAAUCAUCGUUGUCUGCCGAGACAGCCCGCCGCUCCCGGCGCACGAGUGAGCUCAGCCAAGAGACCAGCAGCAUCGGCAAUGCCCGCACCGCCACCGCACAGGAUCUGCAGCGUGACAUUUCGGCUGAAGCGUCGACGGCACAGCAGAACCAUAACACGAUGGACGCUGCCAUCGCCUCUGAGCACAGCCGCGGCGUGGAUGCCAGUGCCGGACUCGCGUCUUCGCUCUCUUCGGAGCGUGCGCGUGCCUUGUCAACGGCCAGUGAGCUGAGCCAAAGCCUGCAUGCAGUAGAUGUGUCCACAGUGGAGACGGAAUCGACUCACAGCGCCGCCAUUAGCCAGCACGUGCGGCAAGCUGAGCAGGACACGGCAGCGCUGUCAUCACAGCUGUCAUCAGUUGUGUCCUCUGCAGUUGCGGAUGAGGGCGAGCUGAGUGCGGUUGGUUCGCAGCAGCACGCGUCAGCGCAGAGCGCGGAGUCAAGCCUGGCGGCCGCUGUGACAGCAGAGGACACGCGCGCGCACCAGCAGCUCUCGGUUGCGUCCAGUCAAGCUGCAGCAGAGCACACGCGUGCUGUGGAUGCGGAAGCGAGCCUGGCUUCGCACUUGGCCGGUGCCCGGGCCAGCCUCACCAGCCAAGAUGCACUCCUCACGGAAGCGUGGAACGCGAGUGUGAGCACCCUGAGCGCAUCGGACGCGCACCUUCAUGGGCGCGUGUUGGCGUUGGAGCGGCACCUGAACGCGAGCGACGCAGCUCUGGGCGUGUCACUCGAGGCAGAGGCGGCCAACCUGACACACGCGCUGGCGACGGAGGAGGUCCGGGCCGCAGCAGAGCACCAGCAACUCGAGACCUCGCUUGCAUACUUGGAAAACCAGGUGUUUGGGGCAGAGUUUGUACUCGCCGUCACACCCAACGUGCCCUGCACAGCCGGGGCAUGCGAGACGGUGGCGUGGCUCUACUGUGCAAGUGGCGAAGCGGGUGCGCCCACCGACGCCCACACGCACACGGACGCGCUCGUGACAAAGGUGGCAAACUUUCUCCAGCACCCAGACCAGUGGCAGCGCUUUGACGACAGCACAACUCUGGCGCACGUCAGCAAUGGCUCCAGCCUCUUGGCUCACGACCGUGCAGCCAACGUCACGCUCAUUGACGCGUCCUUCUCCGGUGCACCGCUGCAGCCAUCGUGCUUGCACUUGCUCUCGCGCUUCCACGUGGAUGUGCCGCCACCGCCAACAACACCAACGACAACAACAGCACAUGGCAACAGCACGCACAUGCCUGCAAAUGGCACGCACAUGUCUGCAAAUGGCACGCAUCAUACCCCUACAGCCACAGCCACAGCCACAGCCACAACGACGAUGGUGUCUUCGGCCAUGCCAUCGUCUCUGCCGCCGCCAGCACGCAGGCGUCGCGCACUUGACAUGGGAGAUCGUGACUCGAUACCAGGCUGGCGCCAUCGCACGCGUCGCAGUGUUUGGGUGCCCGGUGCUGACGGUCCACACAGCAGGAGUGGGAACAACAGCUCAGCCAUCAACGCAACUGCGGUACUGGCAAUGGUGGCUGAGCUGGCUGAGACAGCUGUCACUUUUGCUGACCCUGCUGAGUUUGCUCCGCCCAUCACGGUGCAGCGCAGCGAAUCGCUGAGGAUGAAGGUUGACCAAGCCGUGCUCGCACUGGAUGACCUGGUGCGGGAGAACGAGCACCUCACGCUGGAUCUGCAGCAGGUGCAGAGCAAGCUGGGCCAGCAACAGCUGCGCGUGCGCAACUUGACGGCGCUUUUGCAGAACACAUACACCACGCGCCCACCGACAACCACAACGACGACCACGACAACCGAGCCACCGACAACCUCUUCGUCUACCACGACCACAACCACAACCACCAGCAGCAUGGGCGGUGGCGGCAACAGCGAUGCCAGCGCGGGUAUCGCUGCUGACCUCACAGCCAACGUGUGGCUGCUCGUGUCGCUUGUCAACUCUGUUCUGAUCGUGAUUCUCCUCAUUGCGCUGGCUGCGCUGCGCCGGCGGGCAAGACGGAAACGCAAGCCUCGAACAGCAUCAACACACAAGAAACCGCAAGCGAAGAAGAACCACCGCCAGCAGCAGCAACCACAGGACACGCAGCAGCUCGACGCCUUGCCACCUUCAAAGAACACCACCAAGACGAAGAAGCUGAAGAAGAAGAAGAAGCAGAAAAAAAGGGCGAGAAGCGUCGGCGAUGCGGAGGAAGAUGGCAAUCAGCAAGCGGGGUGGAAGGUGGCUUCAACCAAAGAUAUGCCGGACAAGAACGCCAUGGGCACCACACACACCAGCACGAGCAGCUUGGGAGGGAUGUCCACACCAGCAGGCUUUGCUGGCAUGUUCGAUGCCUCCCGCCCAGCCAGUCGCGACAGCGGGGAGCGGCCAUCGCGAGCAUCAUCGUCCUCCGUUGCACCGCCACGGCGCCCUUCUUCGCCUGCGCACGACAGCGAGACGGGCGGGAAGCAAGAGAAGCGCCGGCGCAGCUCUGGCUUCUCGCUGCUCAACUUUCGACGCGGGUCGCGCCUGUCGAGCAACAACAGUGACACGAGCCUGGAUGUGGGCAUGAUGAAAGGCCGCCGCUCACGGCAUCCAAGCACGCCCUCCAUUGCGCCCAGCAUGCACUAUGAUCUGGAGGAGCUACGCCGCCGCCGGCCAUCCAGCGCGGACACCAACAGGGCUGGCCCGCCACGUGACGUUGUUGUGUCACAUCGUGGCUCACUUGUGCCCGGGUUCACGCGCCGUUUCUCCGCUGCUUCGGACGUGGACGCCGCGGUCGUUGCCGGGUCAGACCCCAAAACCGGUCGACGCAGCAGCAACGCCCGCAAAGCAGCGACCAACGCGAGCAGCAGUGUCAGCGCCACCGCAAACAGCGCCAGCUCGCGUGCGCUGGAGAACCCGCUCUACGCCGAUACAGAGUCGGUUGACCCCACGGUGGGCAUGCCUGAUGACGAGGUGUACGAGACAAUCGAGGACCUCUUCGGGUCCAGCCUGGCGUGGGUCACGCAACCUGGCCUUCCCGGCGACGAUGAUGAUGAUGAUGGUGACAGCGACGCUGCUGACUCCGACACGAUUGCAGAAGGCUACCUCAACGUGCUUCCCGAGGAUGAAUUGUGA